AUGUGUUUCGUCGCGCUCAUGGCGUAAUAAAACACAGUAGGAGGCGCAUUCCCACGCUUUCUCGGCUUCUCCAUCCAGAGUGGAUCGGGAUAAUAAGCGGCAGGACACCGUCAUGGCUGCGCCGGCGACGCCGAGGCAGUCGCUGAUCCUCCCACGUGCCUCCUCGCACUCGCACUCCCAACCCAGCGCCGGCGGGCUCACCUCUUACCGCGUCACCGCCUCCCACCGCCGGCGCGGCGAUUUCGUUUUCGUCGUCAACCCCUUGGGCGCCAAUGGCCGCACGGGAAAGCAGUGGAAGCAGUUGCUGCCGCUUCUCCGCACCCGCCUCGCUGACCAGUGCAACAUUUGCGAGUGCAUCACUUCGGGCCCAUCCCAUGCCAUAGAUGUCACAAGGGAGGCUAUAAAGGAUGGGGUUGAUGCCGUGAUAGCUGUUGGAGGUGAUGGUACACUUCAUGAGGUGGUCAAUGGUUUCUUUUGGGAAGGAAGUCCAGUGUGUGCUCUGGAUCGAGGGCCUGAUCAUUCGACGGCGCUGGGUCUCAUUCCACUUGGAACUGGCUCAGAUUUUGCUCGGACAUUUGGCUGGACAAAUGAUCCCCAUGACGCGAUUGAUCGAAUUGUGAGAGGAGUAAAAUCAAAACUAGACGUAGGCGUGAUGGAGGGUCCAAACAGAGAACCACACUUCUUUGUUAAUGUUGCUGAUAUCCAUUUGAGUGCUAAGGCAGGUUAUUUUGCUUCUAUGUAUAAGAGUUUUGGUAACUUAUGCUAUGUAUUUGGAGCUUUAAGAGCCUUUUGGGGACAUAAUAAUCAAGAUAUGAGAAUAAAGGUAAAUGGGGGAGAAUGGAGAACUGUUCAUAACGUCACAGCCCUGUGCAUAGGGAAUGCCAAAUACUUCGGUGGUGGUAUGAAGAUAACUCCAACAGCUGAUCCGUUUAGUGGCAACCUUGAGGUUGUUAUUCUUCAAGAUUUCAAAUGGUACGACUUUAUUCUGAAGCUACACAGGCUCUAUGGAGGUACACAUCUAUCAGUGAAUGGUGUUUCGUCAAUGAGCAUUGCUUUUGCAGGGUCCAAUCAAUUGAAGUAGCAGAGGUGGCGGCUAGCGGUGGCGUCUUUGUGCAAUCUGACGGAGAGCAUUUCGGCUUUCUGCCGACCAAGUUUUCAGUCCUUCCCCGUGCAGUUGAUUUCUUCUGCUAGAUCAGCAAGUGGGCUGCAUUCAUCCCCUGCGCAUGAGACAAGUUCUGCCGUGCUGUAGCACUCCGCCAUGUAACUAUAAUUUAGCCCUGUCAUAUCGAAUGUUUGAACCUCCAUUCCGGGUAUUAAAUGUAGUCGAAUUAUAAAACUAAUUUCUCAGCCGAAGAUUAAAAGACGAGACAAA